AUGGAAAAGACUAUUACAAACCCAUUUCUCCUCCAAGACCAAACUGUAAGCCUUGCUCAGAUUGAGCUUCCAAAGGAGCUGAGGAAUAAAGUUGUAAAUUUACAAUGUGAAUCUGUGAAAGGCACCUGCAAUGUUUAUUUGGUUGGAACAUGUCAUGUCUCUUCACAAUCUUGCAAGGAUGUCGAAGCAAUCAUUAGCUUAUUGAAACCAGAAGUUGUAUUCCUAGAGUUGUGUAAAAGCAGAUCUCACUUCUUGCAUCCCCAAGCACCUAGACUUCAAGAGAUGCCCAGAUUUACUGAUGGUAUGGUUGGAAUGUGGAAGAGAAACAAUUCUAAUGCUUUUGAAACUCUUGGAAGCCUGGUUAUGGAGAAGUCAGGAAAAGAACUUGGAGUUGUUCCUGGCUCUGAAUUCCAAAGUGCAUACAGAGAAGUAAAGAAAUAUGGUGGUAAGGUUAUAUUGGGUGACAGACCUAUUAAGAUAACAUGCCAAAGGACGUGGUCAAAGAUGAGCUUCUGGUAUAAAACUAAGUUUGUUUUCAUCUCUCUAUUAAUGUUGGCUACUACGUCCUUAGCAUCACUAGAUAUGGAAGUAAAUAAUCAAGUCAUAGAUAGAGAAUUCCCAAGUAUGGCAGAAACACUCACUCAUGAGAGAGACUUGUAUAUGGCCUCUAGAUUGCUUGAAGUUGCAAAGGAAUGUAAAUCAGUUGUAGCAGUUGUGGGAAGUGCCCAUGUUCCUGGAAUUCAGAAAAAUUGGAGAAAACCCAUUGCUAUAGAAUCUUUAAUGGAAGUUAGGGCUACCACAUCUUCAUCAGCUAUGAAGCUUUGGACUACAGUUGCUCUGGCUGCUGGUGGAAUUGCCUUUUUCUCUGUUUCAAGGUUGAAGCGUUGA